GGGUUUAAUGUUUACGGGUGGCGGCGGAGCUGAGUUCACAGUUAGCACGGGCGGGUGGCUAAUUUUCUGAAUUAUUUUAAGAAGAAACGUGAAAAAUAACUACUUUCAGUGGCAUUGUCGUUCACAAGUAUACACGAAUCAAUAUAUCAAACAGUCGUUUAUUGAAGUUGUAGCAGUAGGACUGGUUUCUCGUCGGUGGCCAUCAUGAAGCUGACGGACAAUGUGCUGCGAAGCUUCAGGGUGGCGAAGGUUUUCCGUGAAAAUUCAGAUAAAAUCAAUUGUUUCGACUUCAGCUCAAACGGAGAAACAAUAAUUUCCAGCAGCGAUGACGAUUCCCUUGUCUUGUACGACUGCCAAGAGGGAAAACCCAAGCGGACUCUGUAUAGUAAAAAGUAUGGAGUGGAUCUGAUCAGGUACACACAUGCAGCAAAUACUGUGGUCUACAGUUCCAACAAAAUUGAUGAUACUAUCCGGUACCUUUCCCUUCAUGAUAACAAGUACAUCCGCUACUUUCCUGGGCAUAACAAAAGAGUGACGUCUCUCUCCAUGUCUCCUGUGGAUGACACAUUUAUUUCUGGUUCGUUGGAUAAAACAAUCAGGCUCUGGGAUCUGCGGUCUCCAAACUGCCAGGGUCUGAUGCACCUGCAGGGGAAGCCAGUGUGCUCCUUUGAUCCUGAGGGUCUCAUUUUUGCUGCAGGAAUAAAUUCAGAGAUGGUUAAGCUGUAUGAUUUGCGAUCUUUUGACAAGGGUCCCUUUGCAACCUUCAAGCUUCAGUAUGAGCGAACCUGUGAGUGGACAGGACUUAAGUUUAGCAAUGACGGGAAACUCAUUCUGCUUUCCACUAAUGGUGGAGCCCUUCGCAUCUUGGAUGCUUUUAAGGGUGCUGUGCUACAUUCCUUUGGGGGCUACAACAACAACAAAGGCGUAACACUGGAGGCGUCGUUCACACCCGAUUCUCAGUUCGUCAUGAUUGGCUCUGAGGAUGGAAAGAUUCAUGUUUGGAAUGCGGAGAGCGGUAUGAAGGUGGCUUUGUUGGACGGGAAGCACACGGGGCCGAUCACAUGCCUGCAGUUCAACCCAAAGUUCAUGACUUUUGCGAGUGCCUGUUCAAACAUGGCAUUCUGGCUUCCCACCAUUGAUGACUAAUGAUGGCAGUGAAGACAAAAUUAAUGCUGAAGGCCCAGGUCAAAGCUAGGUGGCCAACAGGGGUCAGCAGAGACAAUAAUUUGUAAAUCGCUGGAAGCACAGGGAAAAGUUUUGAUUGUAAAUAUAUGGUUUGCAGAUUUUUUUUGUUUAUUCUUUUAUACUAUUUAACAUUAAAUGUUUCUUUGUAAGAGA